GACAGAAAUAACUUUGACUAAUUGGCCAGUCCAUCGGUCUUAUUAAAGUAAAAGCACUCUUACUCUGGGACUUACCGCCCAGCAGAUCCACUAUUGAGCUAACUGCAGGAAAGGUCCUCACCGGCCUUUUCGCACACCAUCAAGCCGCCUUCGAGGAAUAAUUUCCACCUCUGCGAGCUUAGCCGGGGAGGAACGAAGCUCGCACAUUUGACGGAGCUCCUGCGCGACCUCGACGGAUGCGUUUGGCAUGUGUAGGAUGAGAAUGGCGUUCUAGCCGCUUUCUCUUCUUGAUCUAUGCAAGAUCAUGGGUGGAAGCUCUGACCCGUCGACGGCUCCCAUCCAGGCUUGUGACAGUGGAGCAGCCUUGCAGAUCCCGCUGAGCUUCGAGUGUACCGCCAGCGUCACCAAAGACGGCACCGCAAACACGUCUGAGGUACCUCCACCACAGACACGGCAUGCUGUUCAUCGAUGUGAUGCUGGUUGUGUCAUGCCGUGGCUGCAGACCAGCUUGUUUGGCUUGCCCAUUGAGCGAGGAUGGCCCCGCGACAACCAGACGCCCGAGGAAACGGCGGCAGUGAUGGCUCAGCGUGUGGCCUCACACUACCUCAGGUGGCUUGCGGAGGGUCCAACUAUCUACUGGCCCGUGCCCAUCAGCCAACCCAGCAAAUGGACGGUAGGCACACAGAUGGUCGCCAUGCGUCAUCCUUGUGUCUGUCUGUCUGUCUGUCUGUCCGCCCACUGCUGUGAGCUGCGUGCAGCCCCUGUACACCCUGCGGUUCUUCUCUGUGCUUGAGGAGCCACCCGCCCCUCCCCCGCUGACUGCCUUCGGCCCCCGCACCAGCCUGGUGCUGCCCUUCCCCUUCAUAUCGUCCAUCCCCCCGCUACGGCUGCUCACACUGGGCGCGCCAUCACUCACUCAUGGCCAGCGGAGUAGUGAGGUGGCCAUGCCCAUCCUCGGCGGCAUGAUGGGCGGCCGACUCGUGUACAGAGAGGGCGGGGGUGUGGGCAGUGUGACCAACGGGCGGAUGGUGUUCGGCUGUGGCUUUGUGGAGAGCAGGUGGUUUCGGCGAAGGGAGAGCGCGGGGCAGAUUGCCAUUGAGGAUGGCGAUGACAAGAGGGCAGAGGACCAGAAGGGCGGGGAUGGGGGAGGCGGGCUGAUCCCGAUGCCCAUCCCUGCUGAUGGAGAGCCCACACCACCAGAAGAGGAGGAGACCCCACAAAGGGUCAGUGAGUGCGCAAAAACCAACCACACUCAUCCACAGAUCCUUCACAGAUGUAUCUCCAUUCUCUCUAUAUUAUGUUAUGCCUAUCAGAGGAGGGCCUUGGCGUCCCAGAAAGGGAUGGAGGUUGGUUCGUUCGAGCUGGAGACCCGGCUUGAGGGCUACCAGUCACCCCUGGUCAAGCUGGGCGGCGGGAUCGGUGUGGAUUGGCUCAAGGCCAUCUACGAGAGGACACAGCUGCCGCUGCACCAACGAAUGCUGCGCAAGUUCCACAGGUACGCGAGGCAUUCGUCGAAUGGCAGCCACCGUGUGUGUAUGUGUAUCUGUGUAUGUGUGUAUGCAGGUAUGUCCAUGACACCUUGCCCGUGAACUUCGUCGCGCGUCUGAAGGGCCCCCCACCAUUUGACCUGUAUUGAUCCGUCCGUGAUUUGUGUCAAUCGCAGUGUGUGCCAGUAGACGUCUGUGUAUGUUAUGUACAUGUGUAGAGACCUAUAGUGUGUGUGUAUUGGUUGAUGCGGACGCUAGAUUGGGCCCUUACAUGGACGCUCCUUUAUCCAUCCCACUGUGGCGCUGCAAGAACGAGUAAACGCG